UUAACAGCAUCGAAGAAGAAGAAAGAAAUGCGGAGUCGGCAAACACUUAGCUAGCUGACUUUGAUUGUUUGUUUUUUUAUUGGUAAUAUCUUACGAGAGUUUAAGGUGACACUGGUUAUGGCGUUGAAAUCGGGCGAAGAACGCCUCAAAGAAAUGGAGGCGGAGAUGGCACUGUUUGAGCAGGAGGUCUUGGGAGGACCUGUGGCUGUUUCUCCAGGGGGCCCUCCAGUGGUGGAGGCUCUUCCUGUGGCUCUGGCUGUGCCAGCUGUACCUAUGAUCCGGCCAAUCAUUGGCACAAACACCUAUCAACAGGUCCAGCAGAGCUUGGAGGCGAGAGCUGCUACAUUAGUUCCCCCACCGCCAGCAUUUGUUGGACCAGCCGUACCUGCGGUGAGGCCUCCACCAAUGAUACGACCUGCAUUUGUUCCACACAUCCUGCAAAGACCAGGUGGUCAAAGAAUGCCAGUGAUGCGUGGUCCUCCUCCACAAGGCAUGAUGGCGCCGCCUAUGCCCCGGCCCCCUCCACCACCACCCAUGAUGAUGGCCCCGCCAAUGUCAGGCCCCCCGCAGCACCCCAUGGGGCCGAUUGGACCGAUUGGACCACCUUUGGGUCCCAUGAACUCAGUUUCACCACAGGUAGACGCAAUGAGCCCGGUGGUGUCUGUGCCAAAUCGGCCAGUGACCCAGGGCUCUCCGAAGGUUACACCCAGCAUUAUACAAGCCGCCCCCACUGUUUAUACAGCACCGCCUGCCCCCAAAAGACCGGACAUUAGAGCACAGAGACAGGCGCGCAUGGAAGAGCUAGCGGCAUCUGUAGCCGAGCAGCAGGCAGCAGCAAUGGCUGCCGGCCUCCUGGAGACCAAGAAAGAUGGCCCCUCAGACGACACUAUCAUCGGGCCCAGCAUGCCUGACCCAGAGCCCGUUCACACAGAGGGGGAAUCCACAGGCAGGAGGACACAAAAUGCAACCUACAUUUUUGCAAAGUCGCUGGACCCAAAAGGGCUGAGCACCACUGGUAUAAGGAACAGAAAAUUGAAUGAGUACAAGCCAGCAGAUGCCAGCACAGAGGAUAAGAAGAAAGGGAAGCAGGAGAAGGUAAAGAAGUGCAUCCGGACUGCAGCGGGCAGCUCGUGGGAAGACGCUAGCCUCCUGGAGUGGGAAUCAGAUGACUUCAGGAUAUUCUGCGGAGACCUGGGAAACGAGGUGAACGAUGACAUCCUGGCACGGGCAUUCAGCCGCUACCCGUCCCUCCUGAAGGCCAAGGUGGUACGGGACAAACGCACAGGCAAGACCAAGGGUUACGGCUUCGUCAGCUUCAAGGACCCCAACGACUACGUGCGCGCCAUGAGGGAGAUGAACGGAAAGUACGUAGGCAGCAGACCCAUCAAAUUACGAAAGAGCACAUGGAAAGACAGGAACCUGGAAGUUGUACGCAAGAAGCAGAAGGAGAAGAAAAAGCUGGGGCUCAGAUAAAAACUGAGAGACGGAGCUGAAGCCGUGUGACAUGAGUGAGUGUGUACCCCAUCCCCUGCUACCCACCGACACAGCCGCAGGUGUGGAGUCUUGGGCCUGGCAGGAACCAAGGGCUUUUUAGUUGUGGUUUUUUUUUGGGGGGGGGGGGGGGGGGGGGGG